CAAAGUGAUACAAGGAUUAUCUAUCAUCACACACUCUCACACACACACACCCACAUUCAUAAUGAUGGCCCUUCGUUUGAUCAUCAGCGGAUGCUGUUUAAUGGCCCUGGUCCAGUCACGUCCUCAAUAUGGCUAUGAGCCAGCAAAUGGCGGCAUUGGAGGAGACUCUAUCAACUUUGGUAUCGGCGGUGGCAUCGGCUCAGGCAUUGAAGGUGGUAACGGUGGUGGUAUUGGCUCUGGAUUGGUGGCUCUUCCACAUCGUGGUGGCGAUAAAUAUUUGCCCCCGGCCAGCACCACACCUGCUCCCAUAAUCAAUAAGAAAUUCUAUUUGGUUUCCGCACCCGAGGAUCACAGCAAUGAUGGCAAAGUGAAGCACUUGGUAUUGGGCCGCCCACAGAAGAAUUAUCGUGUUGUAUUCAUUAAGGCACCAGCUGGCGAUAAUGGUAAUGUUAAGUACUCGGCCGAGUUUGCUCCACAGGAGGAGAAGACUGUCAUCUAUGUGCUGAGCAAGAAGAACAACGAUUUGGAUGCCAAUGACAUAGCCACACCGGCUCCUACCCAACCCACAAAGCCAGAGGUCUUCUUUAUCAAAUACAAGACCGAUGAAGAGGCUCAACAGGCCCAGAAAGAGAUUCAAGGACAAUACGAUAAGCUCGGCGGCACCAAUGAAUAUCAGGAGGAUACAAAUGCUCCCAUCACCUCGGUCAUUGGCAGUCUGGAUGGCCUCAAUCCCGAUGGCAGUUACAACUAUCGUCAGAUCAAUCGUCCACAGCCCAGUGCUCAAUAUCUGCCCAGUUUGUUGAAGCAUUAG